UUAUGUCAUUGUCAAAUUUUUGAAAAAAAAAUGUAAAGUUUCAAUUAACAAUUACAGAUAUUUAUUAAAUUAUAAGUAUUUCUAAUUAUUUUUCUACUUUUUGGGAAGUUAAUGCUUAAAAUUUAUAAUUGCGUUGAUUACUGUGCACACGUAAUAUUUACUAUAAAAUAUGUAUGUUAUUUUGUUUAAUUCUUUUACUGAUAGUGGUUAAGGAAUUCGAAUCUUUAUUUGUUGGCGAUGGCAUAUCCAGUGUGAAGUGGGGAUGCUCCCUCUGCGGUUGCGCCGCGUCGCCGGUCACGAGGGGCGGCUCAACGACACGCUGUUCCAGCCGGCGGCGCGGCCCACGCUCGCUCCCCAGACGCUUAUCUACUUCGGCGGUGAUGUCCAGGACUAUCCGGAGGUUAUGCAGGCUCACAGAGACAACAGGAACUAUGUCAAGUGGAACUUGGAGAACACGGCUCGAAUGUUGGGCCGGUACUUUCCCAACAAGCAUAUAUUGAUUGUGAGACCGUCUAGGAUAGAGUACAAGAGUUUCAGCUGCUACGACAACUUCGUGCCGAGCAAUAACGCGGGAGUGCCAGACCACACGCCCACGCACAGCGCCCUCCACCAUCUCGAGAGAUUGCUACAAGGAGUAAGCAAUAGAUUGAAAGCCAUGCCUACGUCGGAGUUGCUCGAAGCGGUCACCUCCAUCAGUUUGCCGGAAGACAUCGACAUAGAAGAUUUACACAACGCUUCUGUACAUCAUGGUGAACACAGCAAUUCGAACGGCUCCACCAAAAGUGAUGCGGUUCCGGGCGACGCAGAGACCACAGAGUGCGAACACAAGCCCGAGGAGGGCGGCGGCGCUGUGGAGCCGCUGUGGUGGCGCGAGCGGCUGGCGCUGGACGAGAGCCGGCUGGCGCUGGUCGGCUUCAGCAAGGGCUGCGUGGUCCUCAACCAACUCAUAUACGAGUUCCAUUACACCAAGACCCUCACUCCUGGUGACGCGCAUAUGUUGAGGUUCAUGGAGCGCAUCUCGGAGAUGUGGUGGCUGGACGGCGGCCACGCGGGCGGCAAGAACACCUGGAUCACGGCACGCAGCCUGCUCGAGACCCUCACGCGGCUCGAUGUAAAUAUUUACAUCCACGUGAGCCCGUACCAGGUGCAAGAUGAGGGGCGGCCCUGGAUCGGCAGAGAAGAGAAGGCGUUCACGAGUCUACUGAAGAAACUCGGCGCUAAGGUAACCCGCUACCUACACGAACAGCCGGGCGUCGCUCAUUCCCUGCAGAUGCACUUCGAAGUGUUAUCCAGCUUCUGGACGGCGCAGCAGACGGCCGCUGCCGCGUCAACCGCCGCUGAUGUCUCCUCCGCCUCUGACGAGGAGCCCUAGCACGUUAUCACGUUCUACUGAGACAAAUAUAGGCACCUCGAUUAUAUGUGCCAUAAAUAAAAUUUUAAAUGCUUUUUUGCAACCGAGAGUUCACAUGCACGAAACAUACUUAGAUGUUUACACUAAAUUCUAUUUCAAUACAGGCCCUCUAGAUAAAUAGGGAUAAUUCAUCGAUGGAAUUUAUAUCGCUAGCGAUUCCGUGAGAUAGAAUGAGAUACCAACGUCGGAUGUCUCAUUCUAACUCAUGGACUCAUUUUGAAUAACGAUUCCAUCGAUGGAUUCGCUUGCCACUUGUCUGGGGGGCUGAUAUUAUAAAGAGCAAAGGUGAUUGUUUGUUACGGAUAAACUAAAAAACUGCUCAACUGAUUUUAAAAAUCUUUCUACUGACAGAAAGCUAUAUAAACAACGAGUAACAUAAGCUAUAUAUUAUAUUUAAAACUUUUAUCUACUCGUAAGAAGUCGGGCAAGAUCGCCAGUAAUAUAUUUUUUUAUGCCACGAAGAUUGCAAACAAGCAUAUAGCCUGUCUCGAUGAGAAACUGUUACUUUAUGUGAAGUAAGAGAAAACGGGCACUAAAUUUUAUGGUCACCAGAACUAUGUGUCUAUUAUUACAAUACUUAUGUAACUUAAGUAUUUCAAUGUCAAUGGUUAUUUAAAAAUUUAGUUUUAUAGUAAGCUACAAUAAGCUUAUGGAUCCGGUCUUACGGGUUUGAAUCGUAAUAAAUUUACGUACUAUUUAUUUAUACAAAUUUAAGACAUUCGCUUGCAAGUUGCUUAUAUAAUUUUAUAGUAGACCUAAAUAUUUACUUGUCAAGUAAAAAUUGAUCUCAUUUAUUAUUAAUAUAUAUUUAUUAAUAUAUGGUUGUCUUGGUCACGGCACCAAAUGAUAACACUAACACUUGACAGUUCUAACGCGUGCAUUCACAUAUGGCAACACCAAGUAAAUAAUCAAGAACCAAAAAGUGAUAAAAUCACUAUCACUAAUAUUAACAAGAGUACAAAUAUCAUAGUAUUCUAAGUUUAUAAAUAAAUUAAAAAAAAAAGUAAAAGUGUGUAUGUCGUAAAAUUGAUGACUGUAAAAAAAUAAAAGAAACCAGGUGAAAAAAAUAUUGAUUAAUUUAAAUAAUAUAUUUAAAUUAUAAAAUGAGGGCCCUUAGGGUUCGUUUAUGGAGACGCGUAUGUAAUUCCUUUGUGUUACAUAACUAAUGCCAUUAAUCUCCUACCGUUAAUCAGCCCACGUAUGGUUUGCAACACGUAUACGACGAUUGAUAGAUAAUAAUUGGUCAUUUGCUGUUUGGACGCCGAACGUUUGACACUAAGCUCCGAUUUGCUAUAUAUUAACUAAAGAUUAAUGGUAAAACACGUGACGUAAAAUGUGCAUAGACUAAAUAGCAGUCAGAGAUUAAAUUAGUAAAUUUUUAAGUGUUGGCAAACACACACAUACUAAUGGAAGCGUAAUUAAACAAUAAUUCUAAUCGACUAAACGAGUACAAAAUGUUAACGCAAUAUUUGUUAAAUAGGCACUACGCAUCGCCCAAAGCUUGGCGCUACCAUAAACGAGACUAAGAAGUAAAUCAGUAUUAAUUUAGGUUUAAUUUCAUGGAGAUUUGUUUGCAGACAAUAUUUAUUAUGUACUAUAAAACACUGUUUUAAUAAAUUAUUUUCCAUAAGAAUAACGAGAUUUCUUCCUUUAUAUCACGGUCAGAUAAAAUUAGAUCUGAGUACAUUAUACCAUUACUAAGGUUGGCUGGUAGAGAACGCCUAUAGCAUUAUAUCCGCUUUCAUUUGUACUACAGUUUACUGGUCAAAAAAGUAAAAAAAAAAUACAAUUGAUAUGGCGAAAUUAUAUUAAUUUACCAUAAUGGAGAAGAUUGUUAUAUUUUAAGUAAUUAAUUGUAUUAAUUUGACCGUACUUUUAAAUUAGAUGAGAAAAUUAAAUUAUUUUGACAUGA